GCCGUCCGUUCGUGCCGCGGUCGUUUUUUAAAAGGGCGUGCUGCCCGUCCUGUGGUGCACGUCGCAACCGAGUUUUCUCGUGGGUGCGUGGUUUGUUCUUUCUCUCCCUCUCCCUCUCUCUCUCUCUCUCUGUCUCUCUUUCUCGGUGCCGUCUGUCGUCGUCUUCUCGGUACGCCUCCGUGCGUAGUUGCACGAGCAUCUUUGUUACGCCGUCUCGUGUGUUGUGCCGAACGUCGUUGCGCAAAUCUCGGAGCGCAACGCGAGAAAAAUCGUCGAUUCCCGGACGCGGUUUGCAACGUUUUUGCGGUUGAUUAUUUAUCGCACGACUCCCAUAUCCGUUGUGGAGUCGAAUCGCAACGGACGCAACGAGAUUUAAAGGGAUCGAUUUGUCAACAAGUCGAUGAGAGUGCGCGCGUUUUACUCGACACCGUACGAGGCGGAUUCUCGCUAAUAAAACUCAACAAUUUGCGAGCCGUGUCGCGAUUAUUAAAAUCUACAAUGGCAGUUAGGUAGUUGUGAGAAUUAACAUUGGACAUUUGCGAACUUCAAGCGUAUUUUUAUCAAUUUGAAAAUGUAAAGAAUAAAACUUAUGAUGAAGCCACAGAAAAAGGCUGUUGUUGCCAAAAAGGCAACUAAAACGCCAACAAUCGCAAAAAAACGUCGCACAAUUACAGAAAAGACCAUGCCCGAUGUGAGAAAGGACAAGAAAUCAAAGAAAAAUGACAAACUGGAAGAUGCAAAGAAGAAAAUGGACAGCGAAAAGAAAAAAUUGGAGAAAGUAGAGGAGAAAAAAAAGGUCGACGACAAGAAGAAAAUGGAAGACAAGAAGAAGGAGCGAUCUGACAAACCGGACGAGAAGAAGAAACAGGUAAACAAGGACUGCGACAAAGUCGAAGAGAAGAAAACAGAAAAAGGUGACGAUAAAACAAAUACGGAAGAUGUGAAUCAAGAACUUGUAGAUAAGAAAAAGGUACAAAAAUGUGAAGAUAAGGCAAAAUUGGAAAAACAGUCUGUGGACAACAAGAAGAAAAUUGAGAAAACGGAUGAGAAAAAGAAGAAUGUAAAAUUGGACGAUAAUGCGAGCGUGGAAGAUGCCAUAACUUUAAACACUACAGAGGAUAAAGAUGCGCUUGAAGAAAAGAUCGAUGCAUUCUCUACGGCCAAUAAAAAGAAAGGCAAGGAUGAGAAGAAAAAAGACUUGAAGCUGAUUAAAUCCGAUGUCAAGUCGGUGUCUAAGAAUUCCACCGUGAAAGACAAAAAAUCCGAUCGCAAGAAAAUUCCGGAAAAAGAUGCGGCAAGCAACAAAGUUUCACCCGCUAAAACAAAAAAGGAUUCCAAAGCAAAACAAGGUCAGAAUAAGGGCAUUACGAGAAAAACAGUCUUGACAAAGAAGCCUCAUUUAUCGGUAGUUAAAAGAUUAGUGGACAAGAAAAUUAAAUUAGUCAAGCCGGAGAAAGACGAAGAAAUGAGCGAGGACGAAGAUGUGGCGAAGAAAGCGAAGAAAAAGAGCAGCAGCGUCGCCAAGAGUAAAGCUUCGCAAGAGAAGAAACCGAAAUUGGCUAAACACAUGAAAGCCAAGUUGCCCCCGAAACACUCGAAGAUCAGUGCUGUUCUGAAAAGAGAGGAUAAGCUCAAGACCAUAACGGAGAAAAUCAUGGCCAAAAAGAAGAUCGAAUUGAAGGAAACGGAAGAAGUUUCAACCGAAUCUAAAAAGAUCGUGAACAAGGAUGAAGCUUGUCAAGAGCCGGAAGUGAGCAAUAUUAAGAGCGAAAUUGAAGAGGAUUUCGAGAAAGCUAAAGAGGACGGUUCGAAACUGCAGGAUAAUAAAAAAGCUAUGAAAAGCGGUGGGAAAAUCAGCAGCAAGAUCACGAAGAAGACCGGAAAGACGGUCAAGGUACAAAACGAGAGCAAUAAUCAAACACCAGCGUUAUCUGAGGAUGUAACUUUCGAGGAAUCCAACAACAAACAGCCGAAAGUUUCCGAAGAUAGCGCGAAGUCCGCCGUAAAUUCCAAACAGGAGCAGAUCGGUACCGAGAACACGGUCGAAUUGGAUCUGAAGGUUGAGGCAAUGAAUGGAGAGAGUGCCAGUGGCGUUACAUCUCAAUCUGACUCCGAAGGCGAUUCCGACGAGGAAUACAAGAGCAGCAAACAAAAGGAUGCCAAGAACAAAGAGCGAGCUAACUCACCGACGGACGAGCGUGCGCGACGAAUGCGACUUUUUGGUUUCUGGAAUGCGCCAAAACGACACAGGGUCGCGUCAUUGAAUGCCUUGGCUAAAGUUCACUGCCUGUAUGAAAAUGAGACCGGUGGUGUCUAUCUCGGUGGUUUUUGCAAACCGAAACCCGAGAAAGAGAGAGAAAAGCCGAAGAAAUUGAAGGAGGAGAAGGAGGAGCAGCAGCAGCAGCAGCCGCCGCCGCCGCCGCCGCGUAAAGAGAAGGAAAAGAAGACCGAGAGCAAGACGGAGGAGAACGUUCUCAAGAGAAAACUGAGAAACGUGCCAGGAUUACGCGGCAAACAUUGGGAUAUGUUGGAGAGCUCGUCGUCUUCGUCCUCAUCCGACGAGGACUGCGAGAAGGAAAAGAACGUUGAACCGAGCAAGAAGAAAAUGAUCAAACGAAGAAAGAAGAACGAGGAAGUAAUGGACCUGAAGGACAUGGUAGUUUGCAAGAGGAUGGCCAGUCUUAAUGCCACUGCCAUUUUGGCUGCUUCCUAUUCCGACGAGAAAAAUCGUUGUGGUAGCAGCAGCAGUGAUUCCUCCAGUGAUUCGGAAGUGGAGAUAAUUAAGAGACGUAGACAAAAUGACUCUGACGUCGAUAAGAAGAAGUCCAGACAGGGUUCCGAUCCGGAGGAGGUUAUUAAGCCAUCCAAGAAAGUUGUCAUCGUUAAUCAGGACACCGACGUCACUAUCACUGGUGUUUACGUCAAUCAAACCCGAUCCACCCACCACGAAGGUUUUUGCAGUAUUGCCGGUAUGCAGUACAGAAUCAGCUCCACCAGUCAUACUCAAACCGCAGCCACCGCAGUGGCUACCGAACUUCAUGAUCAGCAAAAGACAGAACAGCCUUGCAAAUCCUACACGCCAUUAGGCGCGUUAUCCUCUAUGCAGCCACCGGGUAGCCACCAGGGUAAUCAUCCUAAUAUGUCGCCUCGCAGGCACUCGGCAUUCUCAGCCCCUCAUCAGCACGGGUAUUAUCAGCCGGCUGGUCCACUGAUACAGCACCCUCCGCCACCGCCGCCGACUCUACCGCCUGUGAAGGGUCCACCUCCAGAACCGACACCCACGCCUCCGCAAAAUUCCGAGGGUUCGGACGAUUUGGUCGCCACUUCCACCACUUCUGGGGGCACAAGCAGUACGGGUGGAGGCUUUUAUAGGACAUAUUGCCCGCAGUACUACAGCACGCCGCCGCAGUAUUCGGAUCUGUGUUAUCCGCCGACGUAUUCUCAUCCUCACGCUCAUCCGCCGCAUUACUACAAAUACGCGCCCACCUACAGAAGGCAAUACUAUGCCUAUCAGGAGACCGGUGGGGGAGGCGGACCACCGCCGGGCAGCGGGGCCGCCGGAGGUGGUCCUGGAGUCGUUGAUUACCAACCACCUCCGCCACCGCCCGGCGAAUAUCCGCUGCCACCCUAUUACGGGGGAUACCCGCCCCAUCCACCACCACCUCCGAAUCCGGCAUAUCUGCAUUCUCAGGGAAGACCUUUCGUAGACCCCUUUCAGUGCCCAUGCCCGAUGCAGUCCUGUCCAAAAAACGUGGAUACUGGAGCCCUUAUUGGUAAUGGUAAGGGAGCGCCAGUGGUAUCGGGGCCCGGUCUGUCAUUGCCACCCAGUGCUUUGGUAGGUCCGCCCUCGCCGGCGAGGGGGCUAGCCGGGCUAGCACCCCCUCACGGUGCCAACGCCUGGGAUACGGAUCGCGUCCAAAUCAACACUCAUCGCAACCUCAAUCAGAACCAACAACCCCCUUCGGUCCCGCCGUCGCAUAAUCUCGUCGGUGGUCAUAGUCGCCUUCAAAAUCAAGACUGCAGAAGUAAGGAUGAGCAAAAUUGUACGGAGGACACUCUGAGAAAAUGUGGUUGCCAGAACGCGUGCACGUCUACCUGUGAGGUGAAGAUGGAAACACUGUCGCCUACUGAGAAAUUAUCGGUGGCCGCGAGUUGUCCCAGCAACAAGUAUCACAACUUCAAGCUGGAGAACAACAACGUGAAAUGCGAAUCUUGCACCAUGGACAUUGCCGACGGGCUGCCGUGCGCUGCCAAUUGCAACGUCGUCAAGUGCGAGUCGGAUUACAAGUGCGACAUCAUGAAGUGCGAGCAGUGCAUGAAGGAAGGCCAGAUAGCGAUAAUGGAAAUGGAUAAGGAUUCCGGUAUUGUAUUGGACGACAAGCUCGACGGCGAUCCCGAUGUCAAGGAAGAACUGGACGUGGUGGUGAUCGACAGCGAUGAGAACUGGAAGAAGCCCGAUUACGAGCCGACCGUGCAAGAGACCGUCGACGACAAGGAGGAGGAAGAGACGGAGAAGGAGCAGAAGGAAGUAACGCCGGAGAAACCGGUCGCAGCCGAGCUUGAGCCUGAAGCUGAGACCGAGGAACAGCCCAAGUGCCAAAAGGUGACGAAGAGAAAGCUCUCGCUGGAUAGUUUGUCAGACAGCAGGAAGAAGAGGAAACUGAGCAAGAGAGCUCUGUCAGUCGGUUCGUCCCAAGAUGCGAACAGCGAGCAACCGACGACCGUCAUCGCGCCGAUCGAGCCGCUGUCGAGUAAACCUGAUAGCAUCAGAAUCGAGACGAGUGUCCCGAAGAAGAAGCAGGCGAAGAAGGAUACGGGACAUCGAGGCCAAAAACGUAAAGCGGAAACGCCGAGCGCUAACGAGAGCGCGAUGAAGAAAGCAAAGAGCGGCAAGCAAAACGCGAGCAACAGCAUUGGCAAUUUCUUGAAGCGGACAGCCAGCGAUAUCUCGAUAAUGGAAACUAUCGACGAUGUGAUACAGCAGAGCCUGCAGAUGACGCAGAAGAAGGAUCGCAAGGGCAAGAACUGCGAGCGUAUGGAGAAGAAAAAGAAGAAAAAAGAAGAAUCGCCGACGAUGACGAAGAAAGUCGUGAAAAAGGUCGAUCAAACGAAGGAACAUGUUGCCAAUGAGAAGAUGAUGAAAACGAUUAUGAAGAACAGUCAGUUCAAAGGAAGUAAGAUGGACGCGAAGUCGAAAUCCAAGAUUCCGCAGGAUUGUAAAGCUAAAGGCAAGAGCAAGAUCGGUAAGAUCACAGAGAUAAAGGCUCACGAUACAAAAUCCAGGGUGCAGGAUCCUAAAAUAAGAGAUAGCUCGAAGAAGCGCGACACCGCAUCCAAGACCAAAGCGAGCGAUGUCAACGAGGAUCCGAAGAAGUCGGCCGUAAUUAAGAAGAAGCGAAAGAGCGCGAAAAAGACGACGCACGUCAAGAAGUCGGGCUGCAAAGUAGAGAAUUCCUCAGUCGGAAAUGAGAGCCCGACGUUAACGAGAAAAACGUUCCUGAAGCCGAAGUGGAACAAUGGAUGGAGUUGGGAAGGGGAACCCUUUGAAGCCAAAGUUUAUUUAACGAACGAGGAAACAGCCAUACGGCGAUGUUACGCAAGUAUGAGUCACGAGAGCGGCGACGUACUGCGACCUCGGGACUGUGUAUUAUUGAAGAGUGGUACGCGGAAGGGUGAUCUGCCGUACGUAGCGAAAAUCGCCGCGCUCUGGGAGAAUCCGGACGACGGUGAGAUGAUGUUUUCGUUACUGUGGUACUACAGACCCGAACACACAGAGCAAGGCCGAACGCCGCACGACAGCGAGGACGAGGUAUUUGCUUCGCGUCAUCGGGACGCAAACAGCGUGGCUUGCAUAGAGGACAAAUGUUAUAUCCUAACAUUUAAUGAGUAUUGCCGGUAUCGUAAAAAUUUGCGAAGGAUCGAGGAAGGCUUAGAAAAUCCUGGCUUGAUAGUUCCGCCAGGGGACCAAAUGUAUCCAAGGGAGAAUCGGCAACCUCCUAUACCAGUACCAUCAGACAUGGUGCUUUUCUGCCGACGUGUUUACGACUAUCGCGGGAAGAAACUUGUGAAGAAUCCCGGAUGACUCGAAUUCUUGUAAGAUGUACACCGAGGAAGCUUUAGGUCAUACUGAGAACACUUUGAAACUGGGCGCGGGUUUUCUUCCAAGCGUAAUUGCGUCGCUGUUGAUCGAUUUGUCUUGAUUUCGAGGGGGCGAUGAGAUCCGAUUGUUUUUGCAGUGAUUUUUCGCGAGGAACUGCUUCUACUUUUUACACAAUUUUCGCUACUCGCGUUUUAUCUAUUUGCUGGAAAAAAAAAA